UGUGGCAGCGACAACAAUGAGGCAGCUUGUACUGAUGAAGGUGGUGCAAUGUGUCACAUAGCACACCUGCAACAUGCCAUGGGUGGAGUUCAUUGGAUGAGCAGCAGCAGACCGGCCCCGCUGCUGACAGCCUCGCCUGUUCGUGCACUGAUAGACGAACAGAUCAACAUUGAAGGAUGUUUCCUGUCUCCCAACUGUCCGGUCACUGUGUGUGCACAGAUGCACAGUGAGGAUGGGGACCUUUGGGAGUCAUUCGCCCAUUAUGUUGCAAAAGCAGACGGCACCAUUAGCUUGACCAGAGAUGAGUCAGUCGGCGGCUCUUAUUUGGGCUGUGAGCCGAUGGGACUGCUCUGGAGUCUGCAGCCAGCCCCUGGAGGAAGACUAGGAUUAAGGCUAAGGAAGAAAAACGUAGAGACUCCAUACGUGGUGCAUAUGUCGUUGCUGGAGGGCCAUGUUUCACCCAGCAAGAGUCAGAGCACUUGGCUGGCUGCGGUAACUGCUGAGCGCUGGUAUAUGGCACCAGGCGUACAGAGGAUAGAGAUUCGUCAGGAUGGAUUGGUGGGAACGUUGUUUUUACCACCUGGCCAAGGACAAUUUUCUGCCAUGUUGGACCUGUGGGGACUGGGUGGAGGACUGGUGGAGUACCGCUCAGCCCUGUUUGCUUCCAAGGGCUAUGCUAGCCUGUCUCUCGCCUAUGUGGUGCAUGAAGACUUACCUGGUCCAAAAAAACGUGUGAACAUUGGUGAUUCUUAUUUCAAGGCCGCUUUCCAGCUGUUCAAGAUCAUCAUCAAGUCUGUGCCGACAGAGUUGGGAUCGUCGGGCUCUGCUUUGGAGUCUUACCCAAGAUGGAGAAGGGUUGAAGACGUGGAGUGUCCGUUGCUGUACGUUUUGGGUGAAGAUGACCAGAGUGUUCCAAACAAAGAGAACGCAGACUUGGUUGAGGUGACCCUGAACGCAGCAGGUAAAUCCCAUCUGUUCACCCGUCUCCCAUACCCUGGAGCUGGUCACCUGAUUGAACCACCUUAUGCACCAAAUGCUCGACGGCCACUUUACAAGGUCGAACCAAACAAAUUGUUUGCUCAUUUCGGAGGUCACCACGCACUCCACGCUGCUGCUCAGGAAGACUGCUGGAGGAAGAUGUUGGCUUUUAUGGAAAGUCAUUUACGAUAGAGUCCAAAGCCCUUCAAACCCACUGCGGUCUUCUGUUGGCUGCCCCGCCUCCAGGACUCAAACAAUAGCAUCGUAGGAGCU